UUGAUAAUUAACUGGAGGUACCUGAAUCGGUGACGUGGGUGGAGGGCUGGAGGGAGGCGGGCCGGAGAGGAGAGAGAGAGGUCUCGCCUCUUGUCUUGCUGAGGCUCUUUGAUUCAGUGUCAGAGGCUGAGACAACCCCGUUACCGACCACCGCCGACCCGCCUCGCCGUACAGCUCACGGUAAAGGCAAGACCACUUCCCCCCGGAGGUGUCCGUCGCGUCUCCGCAGCGGAAAUCAGAGAGGACGUCUGGCCAAAGCCAACAGGCUGAAUGACAGCAAAGUCAGAAGAUGCCUUGUGUGUGUGAUGAGCGCACAGUCUGCCAGUCAGUCACUGAGAGUUUGGCACAUACAGGAGUACCUGCGACGAAGAAACCCGCAAGAAGCUGCGCUCGGUAAGAGGGCUGACACUCAGAGAGACAGAUAAGACAGAAGAGAGUGGAGGCCAAAGAACAAACACCAGCGCGUCCUCAAAUGAUGGGGAUAAAGCACCUUCUGCUUCUUUUGAUUUACUUAGACCCGCUGAAUGUCCUGUGCGCCGCCAACACCGCCAAUAAAAAGAGCAAAAGCUCGCCGAGGAGGACCUCAAAGGUGAAGGAGGUCAACGGCAGCACCACCGCGCUCCCGUUGGCCGCCGUCAUCCCGGGGAAGAUCACCCAGGUCCAGGCUCCCUCGGUCCAGCACGACACCUGCCUGGGCUACUACGACGUGAGCGGGCAGUACGACAAAGAGUUCGCCUGCAACAACACGGACCACCGCUUCUGCUGCGGCAGCUGCUUCCUGCGCUUCUGCUGCGCGGACCGGGGGAAGCGGCUGGAGCAGAAGAGCUGCACCAACUACAACACGCCGGACUGGAUCAAAACCCAGCCCCCGUCCCCGGCGCCAACAGGUGACACGUACGACCCGGAGCUGGACCAGACCAACACCACAGUGUACAUCAGCUGCGGGGUCGUGGCGCUCGUCAUCGCCAUUGGGAUUUCUGCUAAAGUUGCCUACGACAAAGCCACCAAGCCGCCUCAGGAGAUGAACGUGCACAGAGCCCUGGCAGACAUUCUGAGGCAACAAGGACCAGUUCCAAUAUCUCAGUAUGAGCACGAAAACAUCGCAGCGAUCGACGGGUCGCCCAAAGACGAAACGCCGGUCAGAACCUCGAAGAAUCAUUACACGCCUGUUCACGUCAAGGCAUCAAACCACGGGCACUAUGGGAAAGAAAACCUGCGCAGCGGAGGCCAAGACAUGCACAAUUUCAUCUCUUCUGGGUUCGUGACACUCGGACGGGGCCAUUUGAAAGCGCAGCACUCCAUAGACGAAUCGGGGCAGAUGUCCUGGCAGGGCGAUCUGGACAUCCCCAUGUCCUACGGUAACCACCACCAGGACUACCAGCACAGCCACCUGGACCUGACGGCAUUCACACCUAAACUGGAGAGACCCCAGCGGAUGAACAACAUCCUGACCUCAGCCACGGAGCCCUACGACCUCUCCCUCUCCAGAUCCUUCCAGAACCUGAGCCAUCUGUCGCCCUCCUACGAGCUGGCCCUCAAGCCUGACUUAAGCGAUAAGGACAUCGAUGAGUACUACACGAGGAAACAUCAUCACCCCGACUUCGGCGGACAGGGACUGAGCCACAUGGUGAAGCUGAAUGCAGAUCCCCAGCAGCACCAGCAACGGCAGCGUCCCCGCCGAGUCCAGAGGGCCAUGUCUCAGGACCACGUCCUGUCUCCUCCCAGAACGCCACGUCGUGGGGACUAUGGCCUAUCUUCUUAUGGCGCCAUGGCGGCCACCGCCUACAGCAGCAGCCGCCACCUCUCAGAUGAGCAGCUGCUGUCAGCAGACCGCCUCCACUCCCAGGAUCCUUUGCUGUCUCCGGCGAUGAGGCGUGACAAAUUCCGGGAGAAGGCGAUGGCACGGGCGAUGUCUCACGCCGACAUGCUGCUGCCCGUCACGCCUGUCAUGGACCGCCACAAGAUGACCAAGAUGCACUCUCAGCCCAGUGCCUCUAACGACUCCUACAACACGCUGACGGUCAACCACCAAGCGACCACGUCCAAGAGGCAGGCGUUUGCCUCCCGACGAACUCACACGGUGGACCACCUACAGUACAUUCCCGGCCACCACCACACAUACCGCACUGCCAGUAAGAACGAGGUAACUGUUUAACCGCAGAGUGGUUAGGUGAAGGAUUCCUGAGUCCACGGACACCACGGACGUCAACAGAAAUCAGCAAGUCUCCUCUGUCUUCUUAUUGAAACAACCUCCUACAUUAAAACUCUUCCUGCUUUCUAGCACAAGCUUCCUGUGCCAUCCAGAUUUUGGGAACCUAGAAUCAACCCCCGGCAAAGAUAUUUCUCUCUUAGAGCAUCAUAAGGGCUUUGCGCGUUGACACAAAGAGGGAUCCUUCAUGUCGGACUUUUGACAGCGUGAAGAAAAUAUUUUUUAAACAGGACAUGGGACUGGAUGGGAAUUGUAUCAACUUUAUAAAUAUAUAAAUAUACUAUAUUUACUAUUUCUAUUUUCAGUCCUUGUUAUAGCUUUAGAGAUUCUCAUUGACUGAUGUAAGCACUUCAAGUGGUGCCUCUUAAAAUCGUCCCAUUUCAACAAUGAAGUGGAUUUGUGGGUUAAAAAGCACAAUUAAUGAAUUCCCUCUGUUUUUGGUUUGGUUUAAUUUACACUUUGAUAAACGGCCAGAACAUAUCAGCUUAUUAGUGAAAAGAGAGGCUAUUUCUGUUGCAUACAAUAGAUGAUUGUAAAUAGGCUAUAUUAGUAGCAUUAAAACAAGAAAAAGCUGGCCCUUUGGCAUUUUGUUUUCUUUUCUCCACAGUCUGUCAUGGAUUCCCAAUUAAUGUUAAUUUUAGAUAAGGCAAAGAUCCCAUGUUGAUAUUAUUUCCACAGAUGUCUGCAAAAAUAUGUGGAUUUAAUAUGCACAUGGGGAAUUUUUUUUCUUUCUUUUAUAAACUGUGCUUGUAGCAUAGAAUGAUUGUGUAUGAAACCACUGUCGAUCGGCAGCUUCAGUCUGCAGACCUAAAUCCACAGGUGAAAAUGGACCCUGGUGGUUUUUUAGCUUAAUUUGUGUUCACACAUUUCCUGUCAUCUAUGAGGAUGACCCGCCCCUGCCCACCCUGCUUGGGCAGUGAUUGGCCAGCCGUUUCCAUCUCUACAUAUCAGGUACUCUGUGUCGGAGCUGAGGAACCGUAGGUGGAUUCGUAGUUUUGUGUCAAUGUGUUGACUGAAACAAUCAGUACUAACAUGGACGCCGUAAUCGCUAGUCAAGCAAGCAUUAAUUAAAACUGUGAGCUGUUUGUCCCGAUGUUUUCAUUGAAGGAAUGCCUUAUUGUAUGGAACCCCAUAUGCUGUUGACUGAACAAUCAUGCUUUUGUCAUAUGUCUCUGUGUCUUAGCUUUGUGUGCUAUAUUAGUUAUUAUGAUUUACCAGCAGUAAAACCAAUAC